AUGCAGAAAGAGCUGCAUCACUUGGGGAUGAGUGUGACAGAGGCAUGGGAGAGGGCCAAGGCUUUUGAGGGGGGGGGGUGUCUGAGCAAGGUGUCCUUCGCCGAGGUUGGUCAUCGCGUCGUUGGCCUCAGACGUGCCGAAGUCUCGCGAGCUUUACUAACAGGGCGAUGCCCUGAAACAUUAUCGAGGUGUUUCGGGGGGAACGUUAUCCGUGGCCCCUUCCAUGAAUGCGUCCUCAUGCUCGACCACGUCAUAACCGCCGAUCUGCCCGCGACUGCUGAUCAAUACUCAGAGAACGAUAAGGCCCUUACUACGAAGAGCAGGCCGCGGCUGAGGAUGGCCGCUUCAAGGAGGCCGUGCCAGUACGUCAAUGACAAGAAGCAAGGGCCGGCGCCGAUUGAGGAAUUAGAGGGAGGAAAGAAAGAUUUGGACAGCGACUUAACAGACACGUGACUGACCGUACGAACGCUAAAUCAGCCUGUUGAUUGCCACCCUGCUGAUCGCAUGAGACACUAGUCUCGACCAUUGAGUCGUCUUUCGGACGUUGGGUCCGGCAAUCUGAACUGGGUUGCAUGCGAAUCGGGUCCUCGAAUGUAUGAGGUUCUUGUAUUGAUAUUACGAG